AAUCAGCAAGUUAUACUUAACCCGGGGGGUGGGUGUAGAAAUCCGCACAAUUCCAGAGCAAACGACCACUCACGACAACAUGGAAGAUAUGCCAAUCCUUUUGAGCUCCCUUGUCCCCUUGACCUUCCUCUAUCUUGCUGCAUAUUUGAACCAACGAGCUGUAACUCCGCCGAAGUUUGCCACUCCACCACCCGUCGCAUCGAACGAGGCGAUACCUACAGAACGAAGGACAUUGCUCGAGAGGACGAUAUAUCGGAAUGUUGCUGUGACUAAUUUUAUUCAGAAGGCCAUUGUAUGGACUAUUGCAGGAACUGAGAUUGUAUCUCUCGUUCUAAGCAAGUGGAUUCCAUCCUGGAGGCUAUCUGGUAUCGGUCUCAGAUUUCUGUUCAUGCCUGACGGUCAUCCGGAAAGAAUUUGGCAAGUCAAUGGCCCCCUGCCGUUGUUACUGGUCCUAGGCACCACCUUGGUUAUUCUCGGGGGAGUGAUUCGACUGAUAUGCUUUCGGACGAUGGGAGAAAUGUUCACAUUCGAACACACGGUGAAGAAAGAGCACAGGCUGAUGACGACCGGGCCGUAUUCCUUUGUCCGGCACCCUAGCUAUACAGGGAUGAUUAUGAUAUUGGUCGGUACUGGACUAUGGCAGGCAUGCCCGGGGUCUUGGACCAGGGAGAGUGGAUAUCUCCAGGCCUGGCCAGGAGCUUUUUGCGCUGCUGCGGGAAUCCUUUGGCUUGGUACAUUGUGCAUGGCAUUUAUCCUUCGCUCGAGUGAAGAAGACGCAGUGCUAUCUAAGCAAUUUGGAGAAGAGUGGAACGAAUGGGCAAAGAUUGUACGCUAUCGAUUGGUGCCUGGAGUGUAUUGAAUGGACUUUUAAGAUCAGAGUUAAAGCGGAUCUUACUGUUUGUACCCUAUUAUUAACAUUAUGUUUGUCUAUCAUACGUUAACUCAUUUUUCUUCUCUGUUUCUUGAGACAGAUUGUACCUGGUGUAGUGGUUGGUUGAGGCACGAAAUAAUUUGUCGGCGGUCUUUCAGCAG